UAUGACGUUUUGUAUCAAAUUCAUCUCCCGAUUGUGCUGUAGCCGGUACGUAGAACGUACGCCUAUUAUUUAAAGUUGGGAGUAUUUGAACAGGAAUAGGGAACAAACUGGUAACUAGGAAGUUUACGUGUACUUUGUUGACGUGGCUAAUUCCACCAACGCAGGUUCUUGUUUUAAACUGUCGUAUAAUUUUUGUGUGAUUUAAAGGUCAGUAAAAGAAUUCACAAUGCUGACAACACUAUACAUAUCAUUGGCCAUAACGGCAGUGUUUGCUGGAGUCCCAAACCCUGAAGACACAAAGAGGAUGAUGGACCACCUCUCUGAUGCAGAGCAUUAUAGAAAUGAGCACCACAAUAAGCAGUUUGAUCAUGACGCCUUUCUUGGCGAGGAUCAGGCGAAGACAUUUGAUCAGCUACCUCCUGAAGAGAGUAAGCGGAGAUUGGGACUGAUCGUUGACAAAAUCGACUCGGACAACGAUGGCUAUGUUACGCCGGUGGAGUUAAAGGACUGGAUCCGAUAUACGCAAAAGAGAUACAUCGAGGAGGAUGUGGAACGCCAUUGGAAACAGCACAACCCGGAAAAUACGGAUGUUGUGACAUGGGAGGUGUACAGAAAGAAUGUAUAUGGAUUCAUGGAUGAAAUGAGUCCAAAUGAAUUGAAAGCCAAUACCGAAGGUUUCACAUACAGCAACCUGUUGAAGAGGGACCGCAGGCGGUGGCAUUAUGCUGACGGCGAUCAAGAUGACGCCUUGAACAGAACAGAAUUCGCCUCAUUCCUUCACCCAGAAGACCACACUGGCAUGAGGGAUGUUGUCGUGCUUGAAACUCUGGAAGACAUCGACAAAGAUAAGGAUGGCAAAGUGUCCUUGGAGGAGUACAUCGGGGACAUGUACAAGCCAGAAGAGGGUGAGAGCAUUGAUGAUGAACCAGAUUGGGUGAAACAAGAGCGGGAACAGUUCACUGGCUACAGAGACUUGAACAAAGACGGCUUCAUGGACGAGCACGAAGUGAAAGACUGGAUCGCGCCGCCGGAAUUCGACCACGCGGAAGCGGAAGCGAAGCAUUUAGUUUUCGAAGCAGACUCGGAUGCUGACGAGAAACUCACCAAAGAGGAAAUAUUAGAUAAAUACGACCUCUUUGUUGGAUCUCAGGCAACUGACUUUGGUGAAGCGCUGGCGAGACACGACGAGUUUUAACAUUUUUUUUUUAUUUCAGCGUCAUCUAGUGGCUUUCUGUGACAAUGUUAACUGUCAAACAUGGCGCCAUAUUAAAAAAAAUAUGGAGGGAAAUAAGUUUUUUAAAGAUUUAUUUUUAAGCUAUAUUGAAAAGAGCAAUACAAAUGUUGAAUUUGUUAAUGCUUAAAAAUGCCAUGUGAAUUUGAGCGUAAUAAAUAACGCACAGCUUUUUUUAUAUCUACACAAAUAGUUAGAAAGUAGAAUGAUAAAAAUUUCCAAUGAAAACACUAAUAAUUGCCUUACUUUUAACAUCAAUUACUGCCUUCUAUCAUUUAAGAUUUCUACAUUUGAACAAAAAUAACGUUAUUUGUAUUGUUUCGAAAUUAGCAAUAUAUUUUAACUGAUUGAAAUUAUAUUAAGCCAUAAUAUCUAAUAUUAGUAAAUGGUACAUACAACUGAAUGUUUUUUUUAACAAUACUAAAUAUUUUCAUUUUUUUUUAUAAAUUAUCACAAUGAACUUACAUCUGUAAUGAUAUUUGUCGAAAUUAAUGAAAUAAUUCCUUUGAAAGUUUAAAAAUAUUUAUUAUGGAUAAAAAAAAAAAAUAUUUGUAUGUAUUGUAAUGUUGCCAGUAUGAAUCUCUACAUAAAAAUUGGCAACUCUUUUACUUAACUUAGCACUUAAGUAGUUGUAAUGUAAAACCAAAGUUAAUUCCUUGAAUCUGUGAGAAUCUACUAAUUUUAAUAUUUUCAAUAAUAAAAGUAAUAAUUCCAUUGUAUUUUAACGCAUUUAUAUAGAUAUAAGUUGAAAAUUUAAAUAUUUUUUAUCAAUGUUUAACAUAUGUAGUUCGGGAAACUGCUUUUAUUUUUAAUAAAUGUGUUUUGGAAUUA